GAGUGAACUCUCUAUCUAUUUGCUUGUUGAUGGUGGGGAAGUACUCCUCCUCUCUCCUACUCCAAUGGCUUCUGUCGCAUGCUUGGUAUCUUUAAACCCAUUUAGUGCCCUACACAAACCAGGGGUUCGUCUUGGCUUUCAAAAAUUUCCUGCAACUAAAUUCAGCCCUCCCAAGGCUGCACAAAGUAAUUCAAAAGGCACAAAACCAAACAGUGUUGUGUGUGCUGAUUGUGAUGGAAAUGGUGCAGUUCUAUGUUCACAAUGCAAAGGCAGUGGAGUGAACUCUGUUGAUUUCUUCAAUGGCCAAUUUAAAGCUGGAGAAUCAUGUUGGCUUUGUGGAGGCAAAAAGGAUAUUUUAUGCGGAAAUUGCAAUGGUGCUGGUUUCGUGGGCGGUUUUUUGAGCACUUUUGAUGAAUAGAACUUGAGCAAGAAGCACCAAAUUUAAGAGUCUAUUGUGAAUAAAUUGCAUUCAAAUGAUGGAUAUGUAUUCUGUAUAUAGAUAUAUGGUCGUGUCUGGAGGUGUAUACAUGGACAUCUUUACAAUUAUGCAAUACGAUUUUACUAUCAUA